UCAGCUGCCCUUUUCCAACAACAGUCCUAUUCUCACCGAGCCUCAAGAUGGAGUAUUCUCACCUGAAUACGGCACAGAGCCGUGUCCAUGCCAUGAAAGCGGACCUCCAAAACUUUGAUACGGACCACUUGCAAAGUUUCCUAGAUGGCAUCAGCGAUCCCGAACCGCCCGACUAUCGCAAAGUGAACGGCAAGGUGGUGCCCAGUCUCCAAAAAGUCACAUUGAAAGAGUCCGCCAAUAAGUACCACAUCGGCAACGUAUUGUUUACGGUAGAGCUGCCCAACGAGGUGCAAGAUGUCUCACUUCUUGUGCAAAAAGGUGAAGUUGACGUGUUCAUGGACGACCCAAUCCCGAAGGACCCAAACAACCCACUGAGCUAUCCCAUACUGGACUCAAUCUUCAUGGACUUGAUUCCGCUGUGGGGCGCAAAGUACAAAGCCAUUAAGCAGCGGAUGGUCCAAAUCAACGAUGUGCGCGCAUAUGCUCACAAUGCGCCGAACCAACCUGAGCCACGCCUUUCGUAUGGCACAAACCUGACCAAGCUUAUAGACAGCUCUCCCUCCUCCCCAAACAGUCCCCAUUCCCGCAAGCGCUCUUCGGGCGAACCUGUCCCAAAGCACCCAGCCAAUAAGCGUGCUCGAGUAGGCCUUGCAUCCAUUCCGGACUCUGUCAAAGCCACCUUCUUCUCCAAGAUCCCAGACCACUUCAAAAUUGAACUUUUCAACAGCAUCGCGCGAUCCGUUUUUCCCAGCUUCGACAACUUGAUCAUGGCCUCUUGGAACUUGGUCUCACUCUAUGAGCAUGUCGGAAGCGAGUUUGGGGCAUUACACACGGCGAUUGUCGAGUUGAAGGCUGUGUUGACGGAGAUUGAUGCUGCGUGGAGAAAAGAGAGCCGCAAUGGGAAUGGCGCGCAGAGUGAAGAGGCAGCCGUCAAGGAAGAACCACUGGUAGCUUCGGAGGAAACCUCAUCACUAACAACAAGUGCAGCGAACGGUGACGGUCCAUGUAUCCAGGAAACCGAGGCACAGGAAAUACAUGACGAUUCUGAAGUUGUUCAGGAGGCACCACAGACCCCGGUCCGGACAGGAAACAUGGCCGUUAUUCAGCUAGGGCAUAUGCUGCAUACUCCUAUGACCAAAAGCGCGAAUGACGGUAGCUCUCUAUUUGUCUCUCCUCUCUCUACUGCGUCGUCUCAUCGUGUUACCCUCUUUGGAAAUGUGAUCGGGAAGGAGGUGACCAUCGAAGGGACAAUGGAGAACACCGCUUCCCGAAAGCCGGACACCCGCGCCUCUCACACUCAACGAGAAUUGCUUGAAGAGUACUCGUCAAAUUACCAGAAUGAAGUCGCAUUGCUUGGCCGAGAGUUUCACACAAACGCCAAGGGCGUGGAUCCAGAGGAGGAAGCCAGACUGCGGGACGAGUAUGUGGCGCGUGUAAAAGACCUACGCCAACAGCUGAAAGAAAUGAAGAAACCUACCAAGAGCCAGACACAGGAUGAGCGUAGAGAGAAGAAACCCAGCCCGUCGCAGUUGGUGAGGUCGUUUCACCACGGGAAGCGGGAGAGUGGCGAUCGAGAUGGGGACCGCAACACCAGGGCUAACCCGCAGUCCAACCGGCCGCAGUACUUUUCCGAUGAUGACUUUUACGAACAUGAGCUGGGCCGUUACGACCAUAAGCGUGGCGGUAGAGAGAUGUCCCGCAUGCCCACUGUGGCUCAUCAUUCCCCUAAAUUGGGUAACUCGCUGCUAGGAAGGCGCAAAUAACUCCUCACCAUGCUGAGCACCACCGCACUGCGAUUGCUCACAUGAACCAGAAAAGAGCAGGCACGGGACCUGAGUUUCAGCAGGGAAGGAGGC